CAAGACAGCCUGUGCCAAGACCUGGGAUUCACCUUUCUCUCUUAGGUGUUCCCACAAUUAAAACAGCUGAACUGGAUAUGGGUGAGUGGGACUUCCUUGGCCGGCUGCUAGACAAGGUGCAGGCCCACUCCACGGUCAUCGGGAAGAUCUGGCUGACCGUGCUGUUUGUCUUCCGCAUCCUGGUCCUGGGGACGGGCGCCGAGAAGGUCUGGGGAGAUGAGCAGUCCGACUUCGUCUGCAACACCAACCAGCCUGGCUGCGAGAACGUCUGCUACGACGACGCCUUCCCCAUCUCGCACGUGCGCUUCUGGGUGCUUCAGAUCCUCUCGGUCUCCACACCGACGCUGGUCUACCUCGGGCACGUGCUGCACGUGGUCCACGUGGAGAAGAGGACUCGUGCCCGAAUGAGCAAGCAGGUCCCAGAUCAGCAGGUCAACUUGUUCCUCCUGAAGGGCUAUAAGGUGCCCAAGUACAGCAAGGACAACGGCAAGGUCAGCAUUCGCGGACGCCUCCUGCGGAGCUACAUUAUCAGCAUCUUCAUGAAAAUCCUCCUGGAGGUGGCCUUCAUCCUGGGCCAGUACUACCUGUAUGGCAUCACGCUGCACGCCCGUUAUGUCUGCAGCAAGUUCCCAUGCCCACACGAGGUGGACUGCUUCCUGUCUCGGCCCACCGAGAAGUCAGUGUUCAUCUGGUUCAUGCUGGUGGUGGCGUCCAUCUCGCUGCUCCUCAACGUGGUCGAGAUGGUCUACCUGACAGUCAAGAAGAUCAAGGAGUGCCUGAAUCGGCGGCAGGACUACACGGUCACUCCCGUCACGCCCGUGCUGGAGCGGCGGGACCUCAAGGCCAAGGAGCAAGGAGUGAUCGAGAACUGGCUGAAUAGGGACGUGGAGCUGCUGCAGAAGAAGGAGCAGGCCACCAAGAGCGUGACGUCCGAGGACAACAGCGGCAACAUGGAGGAGGUGCAAAUCUGAUCCCGAGUGGCAGAGCAGUCUGCGCAAACAUGUGGUACUCCCAUGCGCCCGCCCGCCCGCCAGUGUAAACAUUGCCUGAGAGGAGGUCGCGCGUCUGGAUUGAGUGUUUAGACACAUGUCCAGAGGCAGUGACUCAGUAGCCCAAAGUGUUUUGUAAACAUAGGCUGUUCUUUCUUUUAGCUGCAUGAACUGCAUAACAGAGCAGACAGCAAUUUUGACUGCUUGUUUUGUUUACUUUUUUCCUCAUCAUUCAUAAGGUACUGUAUAUGUUUGAGUGGAAGUUUGUGUAAUGUCAUAUUUUCAAAUAAAGUGCAUGCAUUUGGAUUACGAA